CUACAUUCUCAUUCUCACCUCCAACUUCUCAAAUAAUUAAUUUAAUGUGUUGAUUUCUUACAAAUUCUAAGUAUUCUAGCCUAGAAACUGUAUUAAAGCAAAAUGAAGAAAGUUGUUUUGAAAUUAGAGGUAUAUGAUGACAAAGGGAAACAAAAGGCUAUGAAAGCUGUCUCUACCCUCUCAGGGAUUGAAAAUCUAUCAAUUGAUCUGAAAGAGAAAAAAUUAACAGUAGUAGGAGAUAUUGAUCCAGUUCAAGUGGUGAGAAAAUUGAAGAAAACAUGGCAUCCAGAAAUAUUAACAGUAGGGCCAGCAAAAGAGCCAGAAAAGAAGAAAGAAGAUCAAAGUGGGAAUAAAAAUGGAGGAAACAAAAAAGAUGGACAAGGCAAGAAAGAAGAGAAUGAACAAGUUUCAGAGCUUGUAAAACUUUACAAGAAUUAUAAUCCUGAUAUGACACAACACUAUAGGGUCUAUAGUAUGGAGGAAAAUCCAAAUUCUUGUGUUAUUUGUUAAUUAAUUUAUAACUCAUAUACAUCUUGUAAAAAAAAUAUUAUAUUACACCUGAAAAUACAUUUUCUCUUUUUCUUUUUCA